UGAGUUAGUCAUUGUUUUUAAAGCUGCAGCACUCAGGAACAUCCAUUUUGAAUCUUGCUGCUAUUUCCUUCUUCUCCUUCGUUACCCCAAAUGCCCUUUUUCAGUAUAACUAAAGAAAUGGCCAUUGGGACCGCAGUCCUUGGGGUUGCUUUUGCUACCGGAGUUUUAGCAGGUAAAAAAUAUCCAUUUUUUGCUUUUGGAAUUCCCCGAUCAUCCAAGGCUCUACUUGGAAAAGGGAGCACGCUAUGGCAAUACAUAUUGGAUCACUCUCUGCGGGAGCAUCCAGUCCUAAAGAAGCUGCGACUGCUCACCUUGGACCAUCCCUUGAGUGGAAUGAUGGUGUCUUGUGACCAGGCUCAGCUUAUGGCAAACUUGGCCAAACUCAUCAAAGCCAAGAAAGCUAUUGAAAUAGGUGUUUUUACAGGCUAUAAUACCUUAAACAUGGCACUAGUCUUGCCAGAUGAUGGCAAAGUCGUUGCCUGUGAUAUAAAUGAAGAUUACAUCAGUAUUGGAAAGCCACUGUGGAAAGAGGCAGGAGUGGAGCAUAAAAUAGACUUGCGGAUUAAACCAGCAGUUCAAACACUUGAUGAACUACUGGCAGAUGGUGAAGCUGGGACCUAUGACUUUGCUUUCAUAGAUGCAGAUAAACAGAGUUACAAUGAGUACUAUGAAAAAUGUUUACGUCUCGUAAGGAAAGGGGGAAUCAUAGCUAUUGAUAAUGUUUUAUGGCAUGGGAAAGUAUUGAAGCCGAGCAAGAACGAUACAGAAACUCAAAGCAUCCACCACUUCAAUGAGAAGAUUUUCCGAGAUGUACGAGUCAAUAUCAGCAUGCUCCCAAUGGGGGAUGGAGUGACACUAGCAUUCAAGCUUUAGUGGGAGAAAAAUGCUGAGCAAUGACAGGGAGACAGAGAAGAACAAAUUCAUCAGGCAAAACUAAGAUGGAACAUGAGUAGCAUCUGUAUUGUGAACCUCUGUCUCAGCUGAAUAGCAUAAAGCUGGGAAAACAGCCCUUGAAAUUACCAGAAAAACUACAGGUAUCUAAAUACAAUGGUAGAAAAAAGAUUUAUAUUAAAAUUUAGUAUAAUUUUAUAUCACAAUAAAAAGAAGAACCUACA